UGCCAUUGACCUAGCGCACCUUCGGCUUCGUCCAAAAACACACGGGGCUGUGGCGGCGCCUUCUCCUCCCGUAUUCUCUCGACUCGACGUGUCCAUCCUCUCACUCGCCCCUAGAAGCCAUCACGAAUUGGCCACCUCCGAUGUGAGGCAACCUCAAGGAGAAGGAAGCUCAUCAAUCUCGCCGCUGGCCUCCUCACCUCUGCUUUUGCGUCGCUGCGUUAUCGUCUCUGCAUCCGAGUGUCGCUAUCUUCCUGGUGCCUGGUGCUGCCUGUGUUCACGAGCUGGAACUUGUCCGAGCUUCAGCCAAGUCAAGCUCGAGCCUGUCUAGCCAAGCAGAACGGCACGGUGGUGCUGGUCGACGCCUCCUCUGAGGAACACGUGCCGGUCGACGCUUCCUCUUGGCGGACGGUCUCGAGUUUGGUCGGGAGGAUGGGUGGCGGGAGCUGCUGCGUCUGCAAGGAGGCGCCGCCCAAGUACAAGUGCCCCUCCUGCCGCACGCCCUAUUGCUCUGUCACAUGCUUUAAAAAGCACAAAGAGGAAUCUUGCCAAAAGACAUCGCCUCAGGAAGAAAUUAGCAAGUCACCACUGCAGGAGGAAGUUACACUGAACACCACAUGCAUUGCAGAAUCUCCAAAUACAGUGGGCCCUACAAAAGCUCUUGAAGUUGAGGACCCAAGCUGGGUUGUUGACAACAAUAGACUAAGGUCUUUAGCGGAACUGAAAGGGAUCCAAGAUGCUCUCAGGGAUCCUGAACUGCAGAAAAUGAUACUUAAAAUUGAUGGGUCUUUGGAACCAGAAAAAGAAUUGGAGAAAUUGAUGGAAGGUCAAGCUUUUGGCCAGUUCGCUGAUAAGAUUCUUGACAUUGUCAGCCCACAAGAAUAAUCGCCUGCCCUGCCUGUUUGGUGGGAUUGAUGCUGGAGUAAAUAGAAGCAUCCAGGCAAACAAGCGAAAGUGGACGAGCUGAUCUCUGGUUUUCCUUUUUCCAGGAUGGGGUAGACUUUAGAACACAUCUUGAGUCGCCUGUUUUUCCAUGACGGGGGUAGACUUUGGAACACAUAUUGUGUCGCCUGGUGAAAGGAAAUUGCUGUAGCUGAAAAAUCUCUCUUGCCAAAGAUAGAUAUUUCUUCUGUGGUUGCAUUAUGCGUUUCACUUCAGAGUGUCGAUAAUCCUAGCUGUAUUUUAGUGCAGUAGACAGCGACUCUACAUUGACUACUGAAUCUUGAGAAGAUGACGCUUCUUCCAUUGACCAAUAUAGCGGCCAUAUUUCCGCAA